AUGGACCCCCGGCUCCCUGUCCCCAGGUGCCCGCUGCUGGUGCUGCUCUGGGCGGCCGCUGCCCUGUCGGGGCCCCGGAGCCCGGUGGCUGCAGCCGGGAGGAGCUGCGCCGACACCCGGCAGGUGUACGCGGAGAAGGGCUACGGCACCGACAUCGCUCCGAUGACUCAAAUCUCCGGUGAGCACCUGCGGCUCUGUCCUCAGGACUACACCUGCUGCUCCAGCCAGAUGGAGGAGACGCUGGCCCUCCAGAGUGAGAGGGACUUCAUGAAAGCCGUGGAAGAAAACAGCCAGUUCCUGUUGACCACCUUCAGCCAGAGACACCGCAGAUUUGACGAGUUCUUCAGGGAGAUCAUCGACCUCUCGGAGAAGUCUGUGAACCAGAUGUUCACCAAGACCUACGGCCGGCUCUUCACCCAGAAUGCACACGUCUUCCAGGAGCUGUUUGUGGAGCUGCGCAGAUAUUACUCUGGGGGCAGUGUCAGUCUGACCGAGGUUCUGUCAGACUUCUGGUCCAGACUCGUGGAGCGGGUCUUCUCUCUGGUCAACCCUCAGUAUCAGUUCAGCGAGGACUACCUGGAGUGCGUCAGCAAACACACAGAACAGCUGCAGCCGUUUGGAGACGUGCCUCGCAAGCUGCGUGUACAAGUAUCCAGGGCUUUCAUUGCAGCCAGAGCUCUAUCUCAGGGUCUGGCUACAGGUCGGGAUAUCGUUAACAAAGCGACAAAGUUGACAGCAGACUCCGAGUGUGUGCGUGGCCUGAUGCGUCAGUGGUACUGCCCUCUGUGUCGAGGGCAGCCCUCCCUGCGGCCCUGCCACUCCCUGUGCCUCAACGUGAUGAAGGGCUGCUUAGCCAAUCAGGCCGACCUCGACACCGAGUGGAACAAUUUCAUUGAUGCUCUUUACCAGGUUUCAGAGAAGUUGGAGGGGCCGUUCAACAUGGAGCUUGCAGCCGACUCCAUCUCUGUGAAGGUGUCAGAGGCCAUCAUGCACAUGCAGGAGAACAGCGUCACCAUCUCCACUAAAGUGUUCCAGGGCUGUGGAAACCCCCGGCCGACUCCAGGACGGACUCAACGCUCACCGAAGGAGUCCGGGGGAAACAGGAGGCCGUUCCGCACCUACAGCCCUGAAGAGAAACCCACCACUGCUGCAGGCACCAACCUGGAUCGACUGGUUACCGAGCUGAAAGAGCGACUGCGGCCGAUGCAGGGCUUCUGGGUGUCCCUCCCACACACCACCUGCAACGAUGAGAGGCUGGCUGCAGACGUCACUAACGAGGAGCGCUGCUGGAACGGGCAGACCCGGGGGAGGUACCUGCCGGACGUGACGGGCGACGGUCUCGUCAGCCAGAUCAACAACCCCGAGGUGGAGGUGGACAUUGCGCGGCCGGAUGUGAGGACCAGACAGCUGAUCAUGGAGCUGAGGGUGGCGACCAACAAACUGCGACACGCUCAGAGCGGACAAGACAUGGACUUCAUGGACAGUGAGGAGGGCAGUGGUUCAGGGGGAGGGGAUUACGGUGAAAGGUACAAUGAUGAUUGGCCGGGCUAUGGGCCUAACUCCCCCCCUUAUAACAAACCCCCUCGUAACCCCGACUCCAACCCUGCAAAGCCUCCUCGGGUCCGGGAGAAAGGCGGCUCCAAGUGGAACAGAAACAACGGCCAUGGUCGGGUUCGUUCUGGGACCAGCGGGCUCACGUCCUCGCUGCUAUCUUUGUGUUCUUUUCUGGUCACUGCUGCCCUCAUGUGGAGAUAA